UGGAGUCUGCCGAGGAGCUGUCCUUUGAGCCCUCACGUGAACAUUUCAUUUGUGAGAUAAAACAGGGCUGAGCAGCCCGGUGGGGCUGCCAAUUUUACUGAUGAGGGAAAAGGGAGGCCAGGGGAAUCAGAGGGAAGACAGAGGGAGGAGAAAGAAAAGGAGGACUGGGAAAGAAAGAGAGAGAGAGGGAGAGAGAGAGCGAGAGAAAGUGAGGGAGAGGAGGGGAGACUAUGUGUGUGUGAUAAACUCUGCUGUGAGCCCUCCUGUAAGCUGCAGUCAGGGAGUUUGGGAGCGCGAGUGUAGGAGUGCGAGAGAGUGGAAAAAGCAAGUGUGUCGAAACAAGCAGGCGUAGAGCAGGCAGGACCCACCACGCAGUCCAGACAGAGGCUGCACUCAGAGGCGAGUGCGCUUGUGGUUUUGUCACCCCGGCAGACUCUUGGCUGUUGACGUAGGGGCGGCCGAGUUGAACGCACAAGUGGCUGCGCCUGAGAGAGUCGAAGAGUUGAAGAAAUCAUCACAGCCGCCGUCAGCGUCAAGUACCUCUCCUCCUGGAAGUUGGCGCAAUUGUCGGAGGAGGCUGCAGGAGAUUCUUGCAAUUUUUGCAAUUUUCCCCUGCAAGGAAGCGAACCCAAAAGAAAGGCCAGAAGGCUAAGACAACUGGACCAGCUCCCAACUUCUCCCAACUCCCUGAGGGCUACUGCUUCUGUGUUUUUAUUGCUGCGCAUCACUGUCCAGGAGGAAUCGGACGAUAAGACAGAUGGGCAAAGGUCUGGCCGCUGCUUGCCAGAGAACCUCCAGCUCAUCAGCAUCCCUGACCGCAGCCCAAGAGAGACUCUGUGUGACCCCGAGUCAGGCAAGGAGCCAAAAAAACGGCAACAGCAGCAGCGAGGGAAUCUGAGUACCCAAGAGCGAGGGAAUCUGAGUACCCACUACCCCUCCUGAUUUCUGGCUACCCCUCCCUUCUUCAUCGGCCUCAUCCCCAGCCCCUCCUCUGCAGGCGCCCUGUGGUACCCCCACCCCCCACCCCAUGGGGCAGGAAGCGUGAAAAAUCUCACUAAUGGGUUUAUUUGCUGUCAGACCAGCCGCGAUCUGUCACUCCCCGGGACUUCUCCACUUGAUGUUUUUCACACUCGAGUAAGCCACACAGCUGACCUCCUAAAGCGGACCCUAAGACCUUGCUGAACCCUACAGCAACCUUAAAUCAGAACAUCAUCUCCAUGCAGAGCGUUCAUGCUCUUUCUGCUUGCAUGAGUUUCUUUACACGUCUAACACGUCUCUUUUAAACAUCAUCAGAGACUCUUGUUCUGUCCGGCUGUUGUCCAGGGAUUGUCAAAGAGAGGCAGAGAGUGUUCAAGGCUUCUCUUGUUCAAGGAAAUAGGCUGGGAUACCCGGGAAAUCUUUGGGUGUUUUUUUUGCGGGGGGCGUUUUAGUUGGGGAGCUGAAGAUGCGCCUCUGGCUGCUGAGCGUGUUGGCGGUGGUGCUUUGGAGUCAGGGAGCUUUCCCAGAGGGAGCCCAGGCCAAGAAGGUGCGGAAGAGGCCGAAAGAGUUGACCCCGCAGCAGACAGAGGCGUUGAACACCACACUCUCCAACAGCGAGGAGGUGGAAGAGGGCACAAAGGUUGCUGAAGGCCACAGAGUAGAUCCCCAUGGAUCCUGGAUGGACUUUGUCAAAAGACCUGUGGGCAACUUCCCAGGAAAGUGCCGGAAACGAAAGCGACCACUGCCGGGACCUCCAGGACCUCCCGGCCCCCCAGGGCCACAGGGUCCCCCAGGGUCCCCCGGAGCAGAGGUCACUCAGGAGGUUCUGCUGCAGGAGUUUAAAGAGAUGAUCAAAGAGGCCACGGAGAGGAGGGCGUCGGUGGAAAAGUCCGGCGGGUCCAGCCAGCUGCCCACCACUCUGCUGGCUCUGGAGGGCAUGGUCUCGUACCGCCGGAUCGAGGAGGCCUUCCACUGUAAGCUCAGGGGUCCGGUGGUGGUGGAUAAGAAGACGCUGGUGGAGCUGCAGAACUUCCAGACGCCUCCUGCCAAAGGUGCCUUCCUCAGAGGGACGGGGAUGGAUCAGUCCACCGGCCGCUUCACGGCGCCCAUCACUGGAAUUUAUCAGUUCUCUGCCAACGUUCAUAUUGACCACAGCGAGGUGAAGAGGAGUAAGAACCAGCUGAGAGCCAGAGACAACGUGAGAGUGCUGAUCUGCAUCGAGUCGCUCUGCCACAGAUACACGUCUCUGGAGAUGAUUGUUGGCUUGGAGAGCAACAGCAAGAUAUUCACAGUGUACGUCCACGGACUUCUGGAACUCCAGGCCGGCCAGUACACGUCCAUAUUUGUGGACAACGCUGCGGGAGCUUCCAUCACGAUACAGAACGGCUCGGACUUCAUGGGCAUGCUGCUGGGAGUAUAGCCUCUCUGAGACUGCUCUACUUCCUCCUGCUUUCUGCUGGACUUACAUCCCAACCCUCAGUUUGAACGGUGGACGCUGUGGGACGUCCUGAGGCUGCUAAUUUAAAAGCUUCAGACGGGACCGAUCUGACGUGCCGACUGCGGCACAUUCCUGAAAAUAAAGACGUUAAAGUUUGGGUGGAAUUCCUUCGUCCUCGCGGAGAAAAAGAGAAACGAGGACCUGGAUCUGGAUCUGGAUCUGGACACGUUUUAAUGUUUCACAUUAAAAGCUCUUUUUCACUGUCUUUUCAUAAACACACGAUGAGAGCAAUCUUUUGUUAUAUUCGGGGUUUUGAGAAUAUUAUAUUGAGCAGAAUUUAUUUUGUGGUACAUAUAGAUAAAUAUAUAUAUAUAUAUAAAUAUAUAUAAAUAUAUGUUACGAUAGAUGUAUACAAAGAUACUAUACGAUACUACGGAUGCUUACUGUAUGUAAUGUUCAUUUUGAAAUUUGAUACAGAUUUGUUGUUUGUCUUUUUUUUUGCUUUAGCAAAUGUUGCGUAUUUUUGCUAGAAAAUGGGUGAAAUAACGCUCAGAUCACGUUUCUGUUCGAGUGGAGAUGAGGAAGGCCUUUUCUAUGGACUCGAUGAACCUUUUUCUGGCCUUGUAUUUUUUUUUUAUUGAGAGAUGGAUCCUGUUGUGCUUAUCACUUCCUUUGUUGUAUACAUCUUUGUAUUGUUGAUUUCUACAGAUAAUACAAUAGGCUGAUAACAGAGGCUGUAAAAAACACUGUCUUCACAAGCAGUUGGAUCACAUGGUUGUUUACGAAUAAUAAAUUUUCCAUCUUGCCAAAGUCUACAGCAAGAGGAGGAUGAAAAAAUAAAAUUAAAAUGUUGCUCCAACAGUG